AUUCGAACGUGAGCAAGGUCAACACAAAAACUCGUCUUAGGGGCAAAUAAAAACUACAAAGACGUUGUUAAAAUGAUACACACUUUUCCGUGCUUAUUUGCCGCCUGUAUGUGUAAAUAUAGAUACCAUGACUCGCUAUUUUGUGUCCAUUAAAUUAUCUAUUGUUGAUAAAACAUUUUGAAUUGCUUCAAAUUCAGGGCCACGUCCAAUGAAAUUCCAUCCUUGGCUAAGAACGGUGCAACAAGCGGCACCUGUGGAAAUAAUUAAGGCUUGCUCCCAAUAAAAGAUUUCCAGCUGUAGAAUCCGUGUAAUCAACAAAAUGCCAUAAGUGACACCUUUAUAAUUUCUCAAUAUUCACAGAUGUCUGGCCCACCACUCAGAAAAUACCGCGAGUGGGAUGAAGAAGACAUGAAACAGGCAAUAAGAGCAAUAAAGGAUGAGAGGAAGGCUAUUUAUAAAGUAGCCAAAGAAUUCAAUGUGCCGCAAAGCACCCUGGAUGAUAGGUACAAUCAGAGGCAUACGGAAAAGGUUGGCAGGCCCACCAAACUUUCUCCGGAGGACGAGGAAGCUCUUGUAAAGUAUUCCAUGUACAUGGCCACAAAGGGCUUCCCCCUCACAGCAGGGGUGAUGAAGGCACUGGCCAAAGAAAUAGAUGCAGUAAGUAGCAAAGAAAAGGGCGAAGCUCCUAGGUUUGGCGGAAAGUUGCCAGGAAAGCGGUGGUGGUCGGCGUUCAGACGCCGCCACCCCGAGAUAAGUUUAAGAUCACCGGACAGUCUGGACAGAGCGAGGGCGGCUAUGAGCAAUGCCAGAGUGGUGGAAAAACACUUUGAGCAACUCGGUCAGUUAUUGUCCGAGAACAAGUUACACGAUCGGCCGUUCCAGGUAUACAAUGCCGAUGAAACUGGCAUGAGUAUGGAUGCGCGGAAAUCUCGUGUCGUCGUACCGACAGCAUCCAAGCGAGCCCCAUCCAUACGGUCAGGAGGGAGAGACCAUAUUACAGCAAUGUCCUGCGUGAGCGCAGCAGGAGCGGUGGUUCCCCCAAUGAUUGUCUUCAAUAGGGCCAUGCCGUCUGGCAAGUUCUCAGAAGGAGGACCCCCAGGGGCGCUGUACGCUUGGUCCGAAUCAGGCUUCAUAAAUAAAGAGCUGUUUGAGGAGUGGUUCUUCAAGAUUUUCUUGGUCCAUUGUCAUAAAGAGAGGCCAAUCCUGCUGAUAGUGGAUCAGCACAGUAGCCACCUGUCCCUAAAGGUACUGAAGACAGCAAUGGAGCAAAACAUCAUAAUCUAUGGUCUCCCGCCCCAUACGUCCCACUUUACCCAGCCCCUGGACGUCACUGUGUUUAGUUCUCUGAAGACAAAGUGGGCGACGACUUUGGAAUCGCUACAGGCCGCCGACACAGGGUUCCAAGUCAGGAAGACAACGUUUCCAAAGAUCUUUGCCUCCGUACAAGAUCUUACCUUUACACCUGAGAACAUCAAAUCAGGUUUUAAGAAGACCGGUAUCCUCCCCUAUGACAAGAGCGCCAUUGAUAGCAUAUGGACCAACAUGUCCCCUGAAACUAAGUCUGCUUCAGGAGAAGCUACAGCUGCGGGUACCGAAAGUGCAAAUGCUGAAUCUGCGUCAGAAGCGGAGUUGGAGAAGAAGGAGGAAGAUGAAAAGAUGAAAAAAGCCAAAGCCGAAGAGAGAAGGAAGAGGGCAGAGCUAACACGACUACAACGAGAAGCAAAGGCAAAAGAGAGAGAAGACAAGAAGAGAAAAAGGCAAAUGGAAAAGGAGAAUGAAGAGAAAGACAAGGAAAUGGAUAAGGAGGAGGAAGAGAAUGAAAUGGAUCCGCAAAAAGAGGAGGAUGAGAGAGAGCAGAACGGGAAAUGCCAGGGAGACGGUUCAAAACGUCGACGAAUCAAAAAAAGGGAUUCCUGUUACGAAUAUGACUUUUAA